GUGGGAAGACAGCUGAGUGUUUUUGCCGUGCGGCGCCAGACGGUGAAAGUGGUCGGGGGAGGGAAAAAAAAAAAACAAAAAAGAAAGUUGCUCAACUUGAGCAGUAAGGAGGAGCGUUGUGUUGUAAGGCAGCAUGUCUGACUACCCACCGUUCCAGUACGGAAAGUCUCGUUUCAACCAGGAGACGUUUCGUGGGAGAUUCCGUCACUUCCUGGAUGUGAUCGACCCCAGCACACUCUUCGUGUCAGAGAAACGGCUGCAGGACUGCAUUAAGCUGCUCGAUGGCUUCAAACAAGGAACUCUGCCUCCAGGAGUCACAGACGCCGAGCUAUGGGAAGCCCAGAAAAUAAAGCAGGCCAUCAUCCACCCCGACACGGGGGAGAAGAUCCUCAUGCCCUUUCGGAUGUCAGGUUUUGUUCCAUUUGGCACUCCAGUGGUUGUUGGCCUCCUUCUCCCUAAUCAAACAACGGCGUCCACCAUCUUCUGGCAGUGGUUAAACCAGAGCCAUAACGCCUGUGUUAACUACAGCAACCGUAACGCAACUAAGCCCGCUCCAUUUUCCAAAUUCUUCCAGGGUUACGUGGGGGCGGUGACCAGUGCCGUCUCCAUCGCUGUUGGCCUGAAUGUUUUAAUCCAGAAAGCCGACCGAUUAAGCCCAACCACCAAGCUGUUGGUGCAGCGGUUCGUCCCUUUCCCUGCAGUGGCGAGUGCAAACAUCUGCAACGUGGUGCUGAUGAGGCACACUGAGCUGUCUGACGGCAUCGCUGUGCUCGACGACAGCGGGAAGGUGGUGGGAACGUCUAAGAUAGCCGCCAGGCAUGCACUUUUAGAGACUGCCCUGACCAGAGUGGUCAUGCCCAUGCCCAUCAUGGUGCUUCCUCCCAUGGUCAUGGCCGUACUGGAAAAGCUCCCUCUGCUGCAGCGGCGGCGGAGGCUCGUCCUGCCCGUCCACAGCCUGGUGUGUCUGGCUGCCUUCGGCUUCGCUCUGCCGCUCGCCAUCAGCCUCUUCCCACAGAUGUCUCAGAUCAGCGCCAAUCAGCUCGAGCCAGAGAUCGCGGCGGCGACAGAUUGUCAGAUUUUGACAUACAACAAAGGGCUGUGAGCGUUCCCUCCCGGCCAGCGGGUCGACCCUCUCCCCCGUCCGACGCUGCCAACGUGGAGGAGGUAGCUCGCAUUUUUCACAAAACAGCAGCUGAUCCCGACAACACACGUCGACGCGGAGACGGCGGCCGCAGUCGACGGCGACAGCUAAAUGUACAUCACGACGCCUUCGAAGUAUUAGCGACGCGACAACACGGAGGCUUACCAAAGAGUCGAUGCCAAAAGCGAUGCGCCGCUCGAGCCUCAAAGGAAGAGCGCGCCGCGCUCAUUCUGGCUGCUGUGCGACCUGCUCAAAACAGAAAAGUUAACAGCUGUAAAAAAAAAAUACAUAAAUAAAAAAUUAGCAACUCAAAACAUUUGGAGAAAAGUCCAUGCUGAUAAUAAGUCGACUUUCAGAAAAGUUUGGAAUUUUUCCAGGUUUUUACACACACAAAAAAUACAACAACAACAAAAUCUUGAACAGAGUGAAUGUAGAAAUGCCUUAACAGCUUAGCAGUAAACUUUAUUCCGUUUUUUUCUCCCCCGCCUCCAAAAAUUGUUGUGUUGCCACUUUCAGAAUGAAAGUUUCAGGGAUUUUCUGAAAGCUAAACCUGAAAAAGCAUGUUUAUCUUUGGGUUUUCUCUCUUGCUGUCUUUGCCUUUCAAUCUGAGCACAAGAACGCUGAGAUUAUAGCGACAACCAACCAAUGGUUGGUGAAAAAUGUCCAACUGUGUAACUUUUCAAUUCCACAUACUCGCAAUAAACAGCACACCUGGAUGUCUG